AUGAGCCCCGUGUCGUGCGAGAAGCUGACUGCCGCCCGGGAGUGGCUAGAGGAGUCGGCAAAGGCCUUUGGCUUGACUGCAGACUUGCCAAGGUCCCUUGAAGAGCUCUUGAAACUUCAGGAGCAGAUCAAAGCCGAGCGGGAGGUGGCGAAUCGCCAUGCAAGGUGCGUCAGAGAGCUGAAGACCAAGGUGCUGAAGAAACCUCGACGGGUGUCGAUCGAUACUGGCGGCGAUGCAGCAACCGCGGAGGCUUCUCGCAGGAAGACCACCGAGCUGGUCGAAGCCCUCUCUGCGCGAGUGGAGGCUGCAGAGUCCUCUGCACAUCUCCUCCGUCUAGUGGAGCACCUGCGUGACACGCUGCAGCACUGGCCGGAGGACCAGCACUGCCAUCUCUCCCCAGUGCUGGAGGCCGCCGAUCGAAGGUUGGAGUCGCUGCAGACUCAGGAGGCUGCUAUGAAAGCAGCGCAGGCAGAGGAGGCAAAGAGUGAGCACGGUAAGCAGCAGUGGCAGCAAAAGGAGCGACAGCAGCAACAGCACUACCGCGAGAGAAACGCAAUACCAGCUAACACAAGGUGUGCCCAGGUACUGCGGGACUUCCUCGCUGGAUGUCCCACCCCUGUCGCUGCAGAAGGAGUGCUCACGGCUUCCUUCUGGACUCCGCUGGACGCGCCGCCACAGAACACUGUCGAUGCGCUGAUCGCAGAUCUCUUCUGCCAUCCCAGCAUCUCAGCCGUGGUUGGCCAAGCGAUUGGCGCCGAAUGGUGGUGGCAGGAUGUCGACGAAACCGAUCCUCCGAAGGUGUACCACAGGGACUGCAACAUUUUCCUGGAGCAUGACGAAGCAACGAAACUCUUUCCGGAUUGGAGUUCGGUGCUUUACCUGACGGACAUCGGUGGUGCAACGGCGAUGUUCGAAAAUGACGAGGUGCAUGGAAGGUCCUAUCUGUGUGGCCCUCGCCAGGAAGGUAUUUGCUCUUUCCCGGCUCCUGGCUUCACUGCGUGCUCCAUCCCGACGAGCCGCUGCCGGGUGAUAGGAUAA